GGCACCGUCUCUCUCUCGCUCCACCUGGCGGGAGCACCAGGCCUGAGUGCGGAGGGACUGGUCCCGGGCAACAUGCUUUCUGCCACGGCCUCCAGCCUCUUCCUGUCUCUGCUGCUGCUCCCCAGGGUCCUGCCCUCGGUGGUCCACUCUGUGUCCCUGCAGGACACCUUCCCGGAGGACCUGGGGGGUAGCGGGGAGGCUGACGGCUCUUCGGCCUCCUCGCCGAGCCUCCCGCCACCCCAGACCCCAGACCUCAGCCCCACGUCGGUGGGGCCCCAGCCCACGCCCCUGGCGGGCCCCAAGCCGCCCACCAACUUCCUGGACGGCAUCGUGGACUUCUUCCGCCAGUACGUGAUGCUCAUCGCCGUGGUGGGCUCCCUGGUGUUCUUGGUCAUGUUCAUCGUCUGUGCCGCCCUCAUCACCCGCCAGAAGCACAAGGCCUCCGCCUACUACCCCUCAUCCUUCCCCAAAAAGAAGUAUGUGGACCAGAGGGACCGGGCCGGAGGCCCCCAGGCCUUCAGCGAGGUCCCCGACAGGGCUCCCGACGGCCGGCCCGAGGAGGCCCUGGAUUCUUCCCAGCAGCUCCAGGCGGACAUCCUUGCCGCCACCCAGAACCUCAAGUCUCCCACCAGGGCGGCCCCAGGCAGUGGAGACGGAGCCAGGAUGACAGAGGGCAAGUCAGAGGAAGAGGAGGCAGGCGGCCAGGAGGGGCACCCGGAGGCCCAGGGCCCUGGGGCCCCAGCAGAGACCCCACAAGCACCGGAGGAAGCACUGUGCUCAUCAGUGCCGGUAGAGGGGGCUGCUGGGGCCAGCGAGGGCCCUGGGGAGCCAGAAGCAGCUUCCUCAGCGGCCCAGGAAGCUGGGGACCCAGCUGGCCCCCCAGAAAGCCCCUGUGCUUGUGGCAGUGCCACCCCUAGCGUCUAAUGGGCCCCCAGAGCUGUGGCCCUGACUAUCGGAUCCCUAGGGGUCCCCUCCUUGGGCAUAGAAAGGCCCUUAACGCUCCCUGAAGCCCCCUCCUUGCCCACCCCCAGCUGCAAAUCCCAGCAUGUCCCGAGCCUACAGUGGGCAUGGUCUCCGGUCCACCCCCGGAGUCCCGCCAUGUUCCAGAACGUUUGUCCCUGCAGCCCCAAAGGGCUCCAUCCCCAAGCACAGCUCCUCUGGGGAGGCAGGGCCUGGGGCGGGUAUCCCCGUUACAUCCCGUCCAUUAGCAAACAAGCUUCGAGGGUCCCUCGUGGCAGGGCCAACACCAGCGCUUUUCACUGAGGUAGCGAAGGAAAGCAGAUGAACCAGCAGCGUUGGAAGACUUUAUAUGGGAGACACAGACAUGUCCGGGGCUGGUGCCCUCGGUGGGGACGCAGAAAUGGGCCUGAUGCAACAAGUGGCUUCUUCGAGGGGCCCCUGCACCGCUCACGACAGGGCCUUCCACGAGCAUUUCCCAAACCGGGUCCCCUGGGGUCCCCUGUGGAUAAAAAGAUUUUGGAGUCCAGCGGGAGGUGCAGAAGCACUGUGUCUGGACGCCCCGCCCCCCACCCCCGGAGCGCCAGGGGCUCUCGCAAGUCCUGCAGCAAAGGGCCGUGGAGUCUGGUUUCACUUAGCCUUUCCCAAACUGCUUUUGACCGUACAGUAUUUUUUGUUGUUUAGCAGCUAGUGUAAAAACGCUGCAGAGCACACUUUGGAAAUUAUUGCUCUCCUGAAGGUGCCCCCAGUGUCUGCUGGUCCUGGGUGCGGGCUGUGAGGGCCUGGGCCCCCCAAGGACUGCCUCUCAUCCUGCCGUGGCCGUGGAGACGGGGCAAAUGAAUUAUACCUUUUGGUCGGAAUCCCCUAGCAGCCUGGAGCCCUGGGGUGAGCAUGGGGACAGCGUGCUCUCAGGGAACCCGAGGGAGGGCGCAGGGUUUUUGACGCCCGGCCUGGAGCAGCGGGUGCUGGUCCCUGCCCCCUGCUUGCACACUGGUGUCCGGCAGCCUGUGUCCACCCGAUUCUUUAGUCCUUGACCAGGGAGCCUGAGCUCCGUCCUGACUUGGGGAGGCUCUUGGGGGGUCCUCUUCCCCAUCCCUCCAUGGGGGGCCACUCCACCUCUGUGCAGCUCCCCCCGGUGCUGAGCUAUAAGGAACCAGCACAAUAAACC